AUGAGUGCAAGUAGAACCAAAGUUACUGCAAUUAUCAACAACGUCGUCAGCGUUAAACAAACACAAGAAGUCGUAGAAGUUUUCCAAAAAUCUAAGUUUUCAGCUUAUGUUGACGAGACUACUGAUAACACCAACGACAAAUGGAUGACAUUGAUGACUCGCUAUGUUGAUCCAGAUUCUUUGAUGAUAAGGACUAAGUUAAUACAAUUAAUUCACGUUGAUGCCACCGACUGUUGUGCUACGAUACUUCUUGAGGAAUUUACAAAUGGUUUGGAACAAAAUAAAAUUCCCCUGGAUAAUUUAAUUGGACUUGCUUGUGAUAAUGCACCAGUGAUGGUUGGUAUAAAUAAUUCAUUCCAGAAGCAUUUAACCAAACGUCUUCCACAUCUUUUGACAAUACCAUGUAUAUGUCAUUCUUUAGCGCUAAUCGCUAGAGACGCUUGCAAAGCUGCGAUUCCAGCUGAAAUCGAUGAAAUCAUCUCAGGAAUUCCGAACUCCGUCAAUGGUAGUCCUAAACGUUUAGCUGAAUUUGCUGUUUUUCAGGAGGGUUUUAAUCAAAAAUCUAAACUUUUGCGAUUUGCUCCGACAAGGUGGUUGUCUCGUCAAAUCGCUAUUUCUAGGAUUUUGGAUAAUUGGGACGCGAUGCUUUCUUAUUUGACCGAACAAUCUCUUAUGAAUAAUGUUGCAGUUGCAACAAAAUUGCUUAAUAUCAUGAAUAAUCCCGUGACAAAAGCAUAUCUGCUUUUUUUAAAAUUUGCACUUGACUCUUUGGAAAAUAUGAAUGCACAGUUUCAAUCCAGUGAAACAUUAGUCCAUAAAUUACAACCUUCUUCAAAGAAAUUGUUCGAAGAAGUACUUCAAAGGUUUAUGAAACCAGAUUUAUUGGAUCCUACAAUCUUUAAGGCUAUAAACAUUGACUUAAAAUCCAUUGAGAACCACCGUGAUGAAUCUGAAGUUGAUGUUGGAACCGAUUGCGAAGAUUAUUUAAGGAGCCAAUUAGAAUUAGAAAUUCCUGAAUCAGUCAUUAAUGAAGUUCGCUCCCAAUGUAAAAAAUUUUUUCGUCUUCAUCUGUUACUGUACAGUUUCCAACUUUGCGGGUUUUAUUGA